AUGCGCCACUUCGACGCCUGGGUCGUUCGGGAUCCCUACUCGAUCUGGCAUUACUAUACCACCGGCCAACGCUGGAAAGAUACCGUCCGCGACCUCAUCCACGACCGCCAGAUCUGCGCACCCUCCAAUCCCAACCCGCAAUCCACUCCGAUCGAUCUAUACCCACCAUCAUCCCCUCCAUCACCACCCUCAUCCACAGCCUUCUCGCCCACGACAAUCCCCCAAACAAGCCCCCUCCUCACACGCCUCCCCCCCGAAAUCCGCGCCAUAAUCUGGUCCUACGUCUUCGGCUCGGACACCCUGCACCUCGUAACUAUCAAAAAUAAAGUCCGCCACGUCCGCUGCACCGCCUCAUCAUCAUCACCUUCUUCUCUAACAAACCACCGCACCUGCUGCCCAACAACCCGGGCUCGCUGGCGUCUCGCCCCCUCUCCCUCAACCUCAACCUCAACCCCGACUUCUACUAGCACAACCUGCCCAACAACCCUCCUCUACCCGCACACCCACCCUUCCCUCCCAACCACCCUCUCAUCCUCGUCCCCCUCCCUACUACGCACCUGCCGCUCCAUCUACACCGAAACCCGCACCACCCUCUACAAAGCCUCCACUUUCGACGUCGACGAUCUCUACACCUUUAUCGCAUUCACCCAAUCCCUCCCGCCACACGCCCUCCUCUCAAUAACCCGCCUCACCAUCCAAUGGACCCCGAUCUGGACGCCCCUCUCCGGCGCAGACCACAAACACUCCAUCUACGCACAUACCCACAGCGACGCCCUGUGGCUCCAAUUCUGGGCCCGCGUCGCCUCGCUGCCCGCCCUGCGCGAGGUCCGGCUUAGUAUCGAUCUGGGCUCGUUUACGGGGACGACCACGGGUAGCGGGGAUGUCGUGCUUGGUGGGAGUGGAGUGCGGAUUCCGAUGGAGGUGGGCGAGGCGUGGACGGUGCCGUUGUGUGCGGUUAGAGGGCUGAGCAGGUUUGAGAUGGCUGUCACGGCGAGGUGUGAUGGGGUGGCGAGGAGGGUUUUGGAGGGGGAUUUGUGUAGGGAUGCGGCUGUUUUGAGGGAUUGGUUGGAGGGGGUUAUGUGUGGUGGUAGGGAGGUGGAGUUGAGUGAGAUUUUGGGGGAGAGGGGUCUGGGAGGGGUGGAGGGGGCGAAGUUGAGGGUUUUGGAGGAGUGGAUUCGGAAGGGGAGGGGUGGGGAGCAGGGGGAGAGUAUGGGGAAGAGGUCUGGGCAGAGGUUGGCUAUUAUGGCGGCUUGA